GCAACAAGAAAAAAAAAACUAAAAACAAAACCUUAAAACCCCAUAAAAAUAACACGUGUAUCCUUGUCAUACAAAAAUCCGCCGUCGACUGCUAGUCAUCUGCUUGUUUUGUCUUCCGAGCAACACAACAGCAGGAUAUAUCGGAGAGUUUGAUCCAAUUCACACCCAGUAUCAACCAAAUGGAUCCCAACACCACCACUUCAUCCUUGGCCAAUGCCAUCAACCUCAACACUGCUCACCGUCAAGUGAUUCCCCUCACACUCUUCGUCGCCGUACUUUGUCUCUGUUUAGUUAUCGGACACCUGCUUAACGAGAAUCGUUGGGUCAAUGAGUCCAUCACCGCCAUCAUCAUCGGUUGUGUUGUUGGGACGAUCAUCUUAUGUACGAGCAAAUGGAAAAGCUCUCAGUUGCUGAGAUUUGAUGAAGAACUCUUUUUUAUAUAUUUGCUUCCACCUAUAAUCUUUAAUGCAGGAUUUUCGGUGAAGAAGAAACAGUUUUUUCAUAAUUUUUUCCCGAUUAUGUUGUUUGGAGUUAUUGGUGUAUUCAUAUCCACAUCCAUCGUUGCUGCGGGUUGCUGGUGGCUGUUCCCAAAAUUGGGGUUCAAGGGUUUGACUAUCAGCGAGUAUCUUAGUAUAGGGACCAUUUUCUCAUCUACAGAUACUGUAUGUACAUUACAGGUUUUGCAUCAAGAUGAGACUCCUUUGCUCUACAGUCUAGUUUUUGGUGAAGGGGUUGUAAAUGAUGCAACAUCAGUUGUUCUCUUCAAUGCGGUUCGAAAGAUCACUGCAAAUACGCUUGGUGUCAAGGCUGCUCUUCGAAUCGUAUUAGAUUUCUUGUAUUUAUUCUCUACUAGCACUCUUCUCGGAGUUACCGCCGGGCUUUUGGCAUCGUAUAUUCUCCGAGGUUUGGGCUUUGGCAGGCAUUCAAGCGUACGCGAAAUUUCUUUGAUGAUUUUGAUAGCAUAUUUGUCCUACAUGUUAGCGGAGUUAUUUGAACUCAGUGGAAUAUUAACAGUCUUUUUUUCUGGAGUUCUAAUGUCGCACUAUGCAUGGCAUAAUGUAACCGAGAGCUCGAGAGUUACAACCAAGCAUGCUUUUGCAGCGAUGUCUUUUAUCGCAGAAACGUUCAUAUUUCUUUAUGUGGGAAUGGACGCACUGGACUAUGAGAAGUGGAAAAUGAGCAUAUUAAGUUUUUGGACUUCAAUAGGCAUAUACAGCACUGUGAUGUUUUUGAUACUGCUCGGACGAGCUGCUUUUGUGUUUCCUCUUUCUUUAAUUGCUAAUUACUUGCAUAGAAGUGACGAUCCUUCAUCAAAAAUCACAGGACAGCACCAGGUAGUAAUUUGGUGGGCUGGUCUGAUGAGAGGUGCUGUCUCUGUAGCUUUGGCAUUUAAACAGUUUACUCUUUCUGGUGUGACACUCGAUCCAAUUAACGCCACAAUGAUCACCACGACUACUGUCAUCGUGUUAUUCAGUACAGUUGUUUUUGGUUUUUUGACAAAACCGCUUAUUAGAUAUCUUCUUCCUACUAAUACAAGAAACGCCAGUCUACCUAGAUCUACGUCUCCCAAAGAGGAUAUUACACUUCCGUUACUUUCUUUUGAAGAAUCAGCUUCUGAAAAUUUCUCUAGAGCAAAAGAGAACAUGUCAAUGCUAAUGGAAAGACCUGUUUACACUAUCCACUCCUAUUGGAGGAGAUUCGAUGACACUUAUAUGCGACCUAUAUUCGGUGGGGCCCGUAACAGUAACCUUUCGUAGGACAAAGCUCAGUGAAAAAAGGAAGUAUACUACAUGAAAUAGUAGACGCAGCAAAAGGUCAAAGGGAAUAACCGAUCCAGAUUACACAUUUCGGUCAUGAUCAAUUUACCGACAUACCUUUUGUUCAAAGGUGUGCCACGCUAUUGCAUAUCUUGCUUUUAUUAUAUCGUAGUUAAUCGUACUGCAAAAACUAAUAAAUUUAACAUGCGUUUUCGGCA